UAGUUUGUUAGUGAGUAGGUCUCAAUAUUCUGUAAAAAUAAUUUUUAGGCUAAUUAACUAAAAGGUUAUAAUUUAUAUUCUUAAUAAUGACCCUCUUUAAACUACAAACAUCGGCUUGUAUUCUUGUUGAAGAUCAUUUGAGCAAUAAUUGUUUACCCCUAAUUCGGGACCUUAUUUUGAAUGAUCCUUGUCUGAUAUUAUUGUGCUAUGAACAACCUGCAGAACUAUGGAGGGAUGUUUUAAAACAAAAGCAUCUUAUAUGCUAUGAUGAAUAUUCUCCAGAUAAAUGGAUUAAACCCACGAAAAGGACAACAAUUAUAAUAGAUUCAGUUAAUCAAAUGGCCCUAUUCCAUGGCUGGAAUGAGUGUUUAAAUUUUAUUAAAUCGCUUGAAUUUGAUUCAAAUAUUACGAAAUUAAUAUUAAUUUUACAUAAAGACUGUUUGUUACUCAAUACAAAGCUACAAAUACAUUUAAACCAUAUGGCACAUUCAAUUGUGUCUUAUGAUGCAAAACAACUUGAUAAAAUACAUGUACAAAUAAAGAAAGCGGGUAAAGUUGUUAAAAGUGAGGAAGUUUUAUCAUGGGAUGUUGAUAAUGAAAUACUAAAAGCCACAACAGUAGUGACACAACUAAAGAAUAUUGAUGUUGUAGAAAAUGUGUCUCCAGCAAGUCUUACAACAUUCAAAAUAGAAACAGAUCAAAUUGCUCAAAUGGAAAGGAAUAAAUUUCAAUUACCAUAUAUGAGCAAAAUAAAUGAAGGGCAAGGAAGAGUCUUCUAUGAACCAGAUGCUGUAGAUGAUUGGGAUGAUGAAGAUCCCGAUGAUGAUCUGGAGAUAUGAAAUUUGUAUGGAAUUGAUGAAUGUGGCAAAAAAACUAUUGAAUUGAAAAUUGCGCUAUUGCACAUCAAAAUGUCAUCUUGCAGUUUCUCACCAUAAUAAUUAGAAUACCAAUUGCAAUCUGUAUGGAUACUACAAGACAUCUCUGAUGCAGUUUUAACUAAUGAUGUGUAGUCCUGCAAACGAAUAUUUUGUAAUUAGACUCCUACUACAGUUGUACUGAUAAUUACACAUUACUAAUAUGUAUUCAAAGAUCAUUAUGAAAAUAUAAAACAGAACAGGAGUUGUGUAUGUACCAACCUACCACUCAAACUUUAUCUACCUUGGAGUUUAAAGACAAUCCAAUUUACAGAACAAUAUAUUUAAAGGCAAUUAUAAUAUAUAAAAUUUAAAUUUACUAACUUAUACUGUUUGUUUAAUAAAAUACAAAGUAAUUUGUAA